CAGCGAGGAUCCUGCAGAGCCUCCUGGGGUGAUGAGGAGCCAAGAUGGGGGUUCUGGCAGGACUCUCUCUGGGACUUGGAAAACUAGAGGUCUUUUCUUGUCAGGAAGAUUCAAAAGCCCAGUCUGGCUUCCUGGAGCUGACCUGGACAGAGUGGGGGGCAAGGCCUGUGUUUCCCGUAAGUCCAAAGGUGGCUCCGUCCAGAGCCAUUCAUUGGGCUCUGUGGCUGGGUCAACAACGCGGCUCUCCAGCCCACCCCACCAACCCUGCUGAGACUUCAGGAACUCACAGGCCUGUCCACCCUUGUGGUCAAGACCAGACCAGCCAGAAAAGGAACAUGGUGCUGCUCCGGGGGCUCCUGGUGCUCAGCUUGUCCUGCCUGCAGGGUCCUGGCUUGGUGUUCUCUCCUGCCAGCGCCAUGGAGCCCUUGGACGAGCAGCUAAUGGGCAGGCAGACCCAGGAGAAGCUGCCCCCGCUUAGCCUCCUCAAGUUGGGCAACCAGGAGGCCCGUGGCCAUACUGUCCUGAAGAAGUCCCCAAGAGACUGCAAGGGGGCCCCAACCCCGGAGCAGACCCGCAGGUUGGCCCAGGCUAUGAUGGCCUUCACCACAGACCUGUUCUCCCUGGUGGCCCAAAGGUCCACCAGGCCCAACCUCAUCCUGUCGCCUCUGAGCGUGGCCCUGGCACUGUCUCACCUGGCACUAGGUGCUCAGAACCAGACGCUGCGGAGGUUAGAGCAGGCGCUGCAUGCAGACUCAGGGCUCUGCCUCCCCCACCUGCUGAGCCGCCUUUGCCGAGACCUGGGCCCUGGGGCAUUCCGAUUGGCUGCCAGAAUGUACCUGCAGAAAGGAUUUCCCAUCAAAGAAGACUUCCUGGAACAAUCAGAACAGCUCUUCGGUGCAAAGCCCAUGAGCCUGACGGGAAGGAAAGGAGAUGAUCUGCUGAACAUCAACCAGUGGGUGAAGGAGGCUACAGAAGGGAAGAUUGAGGAUUUCCUCUCCGAGCUGCCAGAUGACACAGUGUUGCUUCUGCUCAAUGCCAUCCACUUCCAGGGUUUCUGGAGGAGCAAGUUUGAUCCAAGCCUCACCCAGCGAGACAGUUUCCACCUGAAUGAGCAGUUCACGGUACCAGUGGACAUGAUGCACGCCCGUACAUACCCCCUGCGCUGGUUCCUGCUGGAGCAGCCUGAGAUACAGGUGGCUCAUUUCCCCUUCAAUAACAACAUGAGCUUUGUGGUCAUUAUGCCCACCCACUUUGAGUGGAAUGUGUCCCGGGUGUUAGCCAACCUGAGCUGGGACAUCCUGCACCAGCCUUCGCUUCGAGAGAAACCCACCAAGGUCCGGCUGCCCAGGCUGCAUCUCAACCACCAGCUGGACCUGGUGGCCACCCUCCGCCGGCUGGGCCUGCAGGAACUGUUCCAGGCCCCAGACCUGCGUGGGAUCUCUGACCAGAACCUGGUGGUCUCCAGCGUGCAGCAUCAGUCCACGCUGGAGCUCAGCGAGGCCGGUGUGGAGGCAGCCGCGGCUACUGGCACGGCCAUGUCCCGCAUGUCUCUCUCCUCCUUCAGCGUGAACCGCCCCUUUCUCUUCCUCAUCCUCGAGGACACAACAAGACUGCCCCUCUUCGUGGGCAGCGUGAGGAACCCCAACCCUAGUGCACAGUGGGAGCGCAAGGAGCAGCAGGAUUCGCCGGAUGACAGGAACUACUUCCAGAACGAGAAAGCCUUCCCCCGUGGAGACAAGCCCUUCGGCCCUGACUUGAAACUCGCGCCCCCCUCAGAGGAGGAUUACCCCCAACUUCAUAGCCCCAAGUGAGAGGCCAGCGGCCAGCAUCCCAAGUCCCUGCCUGCAACAACCUCUCCACUCCUGGGACUCUUUCCAGACGGCUUUGUGGGAUUAGGGCCGGGGCCUUGGUGGGCAGCCUGGGAGCGAGAGGGAGCCAUCCUCUCCCGGCCCCUCUCCGGGGGAGCUUGGGGUGGGUGGGGCCGGGACGAGGGCAGGCCUCGGGGAACCAUGGGCCUUGAUCCCACAUGGUUUCUUUGCAAAGAGCCCGUCCUUGUUUGGGGCUUGGGCAGAGGGGCAGCUGUCGAUCCACUUUUGUCAGGAAAGUGGGUAGGUCGUUCCCGAAGGCGGCUGGGGCACUUCCACAUUUGUUUACCAGAGAGUGGGAGAUAGGAGGGAUUGGAUACCUUGGCUGGGGGGAGGAGCCUUGCACCUCAGGGCUUCUGCCACCACCUGCCCCAGGCCCUCCAGCCUCCACUCGCCCUGAUGCUCUGCCACCCAGCCUCCCCACAGAUACCAACAUUGCCAGGACUCUCCCUCCCUCCUCUUCUUCCUGGGCCAGGUGUCCCAGGGCCUGCGGGGCGGGAGGGAGGGCAAUAGUCCCCUCAGGCUCUUUUGUAAAGUUUUUGUAGUGAUUUUUACGGCACCCGAAUAAAGAAUGAAUGGCCCUGG